AAAAUAAUAAUAAGAAAAGAGAGGCAGAAAGCAUAUAAGGAGUCAUAUUGGUGCUAGUAAUUAGAAAAAACAAAUUGAAGAUGGAGGGCUUGAAGGUGUGGAGGCUUUCCUCAUCAAUUUCUAGGCCUUCAAGUUUUAGACAACUAUUUGGAUUGGGCUCUUCCUCUUGUCUAAUCCUGCGCUGCUCAGAUGGCGGCGCUGCCACCACCUCCAACACCAGACUGCCCUCUCGCAACCUACGGUCUUCGACAUCCACUUCCACUUCAGACCGUGAAGCCGUCCGUGCCAUCCGCCUGAAAAAGGUGGAACAAUUGCGGAGCAAAGGGUUGGAGCCGUAUGCUUAUAAGUGGGAUAGAAGUCAUAGCGCUAGGGAGCUGCAGGAAAUAUAUGAGAAUCUAAACAAUGGGGAAGAGUUGGAUAGUGAGAGUCAUCAUGUCUCCAUUGCCGGCAGAAUUGUGGCUCGCAGAGCCUUUGGAAAACUUGCUUUUCUCACUUUAAGAGAUCAAACGGGCACUAUUCAGCUAUACUGUGAGAAGGAAAGGCUUUUGAAUGAUCAGUUUGAGCAUUUAAAGACACUAGUUGAUAUUGGUGAUAUAUUGGGUGCUUCUGGCUCUAUCAAGCGGACUGAGAAAGGGGAGCUAUCCGUUAAGGUGGAUUCCUUUGCAGUUCUUACAAAAUCUCUACUUCCGCUGCCUGACAAGUUUCAUGGUUUAACUGACAUUGAUAAGCGUUACCGUCAAAGGUAUGUUGAUAUGAUUGCAAAUCCUGAAGUAGCUGAUAUAUUUCGGAAACGAGCAAAGAUUGUGAGGGAGAUACGAAAGACGGUGGAAUCUCAAGGUUUUGUCGAAGUUGAAACUCCAGUUCUGCAGGGAGCAGCUGGUGGGGCCGAAGCAAGACCAUUUUUGACAUAUCAUAACUCCCUUGGAAGGGAUCUUUAUCUAAGAAUUGCAACUGAACUUCACUUGAAAAGAAUGCUGGUUGGAGGAUUUGAAAAAGUAUAUGAGAUUGGUCGGAUAUUCAGAAAUGAAGGUAUUUCAACUCGUCAUAACCCAGAAUUUACGACCAUUGAGAUGUAUGAAGCAUAUUCAGACUAUCAAACUAUGAUGAACAUUGCCGAGGAAAUUGUUACGCGAUGUGCUCUUGCAGUCCAUGGAAAGCUCACCAUUGAUUACCAGGGGGUUGAGAUACAUUUGGAGCGGCCAUGGAGGAGGGAAACCAUGCACAAUCUUGUUGAAGAGGUCACUGGGAUUGAUUUCACUGAAUUGGGAAAUGAUCUUAAAGUUGCUAAAGAUGUUAUUUUGAAGGCACUUGGAGUUGGGCUCGAUAUUAAGGACAAGUUUUCCAUUGAAUCCUGCCCUUCACUUGGUCACCUCCUUAAUGAGGUUUUUGAAAUUUUUGUUGAGCCAAAGCUUUUGCAACCUACAUUUGUUUUGGACUAUCCCAUGGAAAUAUCUCCUCUUGCCAAACCACACCGGAGUAGUCUGGAAAACAGGCAUGCAGGUUUGACUGAGAGAUUUGAACUCUUCAUUUGCGGUCGCGAGCUGGCCAAUGCAUUCUCUGAGUUGACUGAUCCUUUGGACCAGAGAGCCCGCCUGGAAGAGCAAGUAAGGCAACAUAACAAGAAGAGAGCAGAAGCUGUUUCAGUCACAGAUGGCACAGAAAAAAAUAAUAAAAAUGAAGAAUCUAUGUAUGAAGUAACUCUCGACGAUGAUUUUCUUACUGCUCUGGAAUAUGGAAUGCCUCCAGCUUCAGGAAUGGGACUUGGAAUUGACAGGCUGGUGAUGCUUUUGACGGAUUCCGCCAGCAUCCGGGAUGUCAUUGCUUUUCCUGUUCUAAGGAUUUCGCACUAAUGGCAGGAUGACUCUACUAGAUAUUCUUAAUUUUUUUUAUUUCCCUUGAACAUCCAAUAUAGGUCCUUUGUGGCCCCGGGAUUUUGCAUUGCUGGCAACAUUGCCUUGUUUUUUUCUCAAAAUUAUCGAUAUCUUCUAGUUGAUUUAGGCUGUAUUUACACAUUCUUGGAUUUUGGCUUUUGUUUAGUCUAAAUGUUUAGUUGAUCGAUCUGUUGAUGCAACUACUAAUCUUAUUAAUAAAUUGUAACUUAAAAACUGUAGGAAAUCAUGAUAUUGAAAGGUUAAAAUCGAUUACUAUAACUUUGAUUUGAUUUAAACGAGAAUGGUGGUCGUG